AUGGCCCUGAACAUGAAAACCCUGACCCAGGCCCUGGCAAGGACUGCGGCGGUGAUCGAGAAGACAGUUCAGACGACCGUGCAGGAGGUCACCGGGCCCAAACCUCUUCAAGACUUUGAGCUCCUCGAUCAGAUCGGCUCUGCUGGGCCCGGCCUCGCCUGGAAGCUCUAUUCCGCCAAGUCUGUCCGUGACUCCACGCUCCCCCAGCAGUACCCGCAGGUCUGUGUCUGGGUUCUGGACAAGCGGGUCCUGUCUGAGGUGCGCGCCCGUGCCGGACUUUCCAAGACUGCUGAGGAUUCCUUCCUUGACAUAAUCCGUGCCGAUGCAGCUAGGCUGGUGCGCCUCAGGCACCCGGGAGUGGUUCAUGUGGUGCAGGCUCUCGACGAGAACAAGAAUGCCAUGGCUAUGGUCACUGAGCCGCUGUUUGCUUCUGUGGCCAAUGCUCUUGGGAACCUGGAGAAUGUGACCAAGGUUCCUAAGGAGCUUAAGGGAAUGGAAAUGGGACUGUUGGAGGUGAAGCAUGGUUUGUUACAAAUGGCAGAGACCUUGGACUUUCUCCAUAAUAAUGCAAGCCUUGUACAUCGUUCCAUAUCACCUGGGAAUAUCCUUAUUACUGCCAAUGGAGCCUGGAAACUUGGUGGAUUUGGUUUUGCAAUCUCUACGGACCAAGCCUCGGGUGAUCUGAUUAAUGUUCCUGCCUUUCAUUAUACUGAGUAUGAUGUGGAGGAUUCUGUACUUCCCCUUCAGCCAUCACUAAAUUACACUGCUCCCGAAUUAGUUCGAAGCAAAUCUCCUUCAGUUGGGACUUCUGCGGAUGUUUUUAGUUUCGGGUGCCUUGCUUACCACUUAAUUGCUCGGAAGCCCUUAUUUGACUGCCACAACAAUGUGAAGAUGUACAUGAACACUUUGACAUACUUAUCAAGAGAGGCUUUCUCAUCUAUUCCACCAGAGCUGGUUCCUGACUUACAGAGGAUGCUUUCCGUCAAUGAAUCUUUUAGGCCGACAGCUCUUGAUUUUACAGGUUCUCCAUUUUUGCGGGAUGAUACUAGGUUGCGCGCUCUUCGUUUUCUUGACCACAUGCUUGAACGAGACAACAUGCAGAAAUCUGAAUUCUUAAAAGCUUUGUCAGACAUGUGGAAAGAUUUUGAUUCUCGCGUUUUGCGCUAUAAGGUACUUCCUCCGCUAUGUGCAGAGCUCCGGAAUCUGGUGAUGCAACCGAUGAUACUACCCAUGGUUCUCACAAUAGCAGAAUCACAGGAUAAAAACGAUUUUGAGCUAUCAACACUGCCAGCACUUGUUCCGGUCCUAAGCACUGCAGUUGGCGAUACUCUGCUGCUGCUUGUGAAACAUGCAGAGCUAAUCAUUGGCAAGACUAGUCAAGAGCAGUUAAUUUCUCAUGUGCUUCCUUCACUAGUUCGAGCUUAUGAUGACAAUGAUGCUCGCAUCCAAGAAGAGGUUUUGAAGAAGUCUGCCUAUCUCUCUAAGCAACUUGACAUCCAGCUGGUGAAGCAAGCAAUUUUGCCUCGUGUUCAUGGCUUAGCUCUUAAAACAACUGUUGCAGCGGUGAGGGUCAAUGCUUUGCUAUGCUUAGGUGAGUUGGUGCCUACUCUGGACAAACGUGCUGCUCUGGAUAUUCUGCAAACUAUCCAGCGUUGUACUGCUGUAGACCACUCUGCUCCUACUCUCAUGUGUACCCUUGGAGUUGCCAACUCAAUGCUCAAGCAGUAUGGUGUAGAAUUUGCUGCAGAGCAUGUCCUGCCCCUGCUAACUCCCCUUCUGACUGCCCAGCAAUUGAAUGUUCAGCAGUUUGCCAAGUACAUGCUCUUUGUAAAGGACAUAUUGAGGAAGAUAGAGGAAAAACGGGGAGUCACUGUAACUGAGACUGGUGGUGCAGAGAUGAAUAAUUCACUAGGAGAUGGGGCGCUGUCGUCCCAAGCAUUUGCGUUCAGCAAGGCUACUGUCCCUAUUGUCUCUGCAGCAAAGAGUGGCCCAGCAUGGGAUGACGACUGGGGCAUCCCUUCAGGUGGACCACCACCUGCCCCCAAGGACUCUGCAACAAAUGCAGUACUAGCACCAGUGCCGCCCUCUAUAUCUUCUAGUGCAAGCCAGUCAAUUCAGAUGCCUUCUUUGCAGACGCUAUCUUCCUCAAUGCCAUCUGCUGCAACAGUAGGAUCUACUCAGCAGUCAGUCACAACAACAUGUGCCCCAGUGGCUGACAUAGAAUGGCCACCACGAGCAUCUUCUAUGCCACCUCAUCAGUCAAAUGAUGCAAAGCAGCAGCAACUGACCAUGACGAUGGCGGCACCUCCAUCAACUCAGGGCUUUGAUGAUAUCGAUCCUUUCGCUGACUGGCCUCCACGGCCUGCUGGUGGCUUGGCCGGUGUCUCCGGUGCUUCAAAUGGCAAUACUGCAGCAGCAGCUGUCAAUCCACAAGGUUUAGCUGGCGCGGGCAAGACAUCAACCAACAAUGCAAUAUUCCCUGCGAACAGCAGUAACAGCUGGGCAUUCAGCAGCAGUUACCAAGGAAAUCCGGGUUUGAUUGGCAAUAGCAGUCAUAACUCUAUCGGAUCCUCAAGACAAAGUCAUGGUAGCUCAAAUCUACAAGGUCAUGGUGAGAAUAGAUUGGCAGAUAUUGGGUCCAUUUUUGGGACCAACAAGAAAGAACAAGCGUCUGCACCGAGGCUUGCUCCGCCCCCUUCAACCGCAGUUGGCAGAGGCAGAGGGAGAGGAAUGCGCCUGCAGUCAUCAACCUCUCGGUCCACCACUACAAAAUCGUCUUCUGAGCAGCCACCUCUCUUAGACCUACUGUGAAAGUAAUACCCACAAAUAUGAAGAACGUAAAUCAAAAGUGAAAUUGAGUUUACCAGCCAUGCCUUGCGGGGUAGGCCAUUCCACGGCGUUGUUGAGCAACUCUUCUGCAUCCAAAGAACAUGCAUUGAGGUAUAUGCUAGGGGAUGGCAGCUGGGUAAGUUGUGUGCUUGUGUCUCUGUGUAGAGUAUAGGUCACGGUAAUUGUACGGUAGAGUUUCUUUGACAGUUUUGUCCAAUUCUUUAAUCUCUCGAUAGCCUGCUUCAUCGCGUGAAUCUCUGUGUGUGUGUUUUCUCCCCGAAAGGGAAGAUGUAUCUGAAGAACAUCAUUUCCUCUUAUUUGGAUAAUAAAAAAAAGUGAUUAUUCUGCCUGGUCCAA